AUGUCUUGGUUAAAUAAUUUAGAUCGUACUGGUAGUGGAUUUUGGUCAAAUUCACAAUGGUACGAUCUUCAUUUGUCACGGCGUAUGCCCUUAGUUAAUAAAAUGAUCGAAGAAAUGGUUUAUGCUUGUCCACCGUCACUAUCACCAGCAAACAUCUAUCGAGUGGCUGAUCUCUGUUGUGGAAGUGGAAUGGCUUCACUUUAUUAUUUGAAGGCAUAUCCAAUUGUUUCAAGUUUAACAUUAAUCGAUCAAUCCGAAGAACGAUUAAACAUGGCAAAGAAACGAAUUGAUACUCAACUCGAAUCAAUCAGUCGGCGACCAGAAAUUGUGAUGUGUAAAUUACAAGUUAAAUGUGAUAGUCAAGAUAACGUAAAUUUAAAAUUAAAUGGAUCCAGCAAUCUACACCCAUACCAUCUAAUUUUAGCAUCACUUGCUCUUCAUGUUAUUGUUGGACAUGAGAAACGAAGUUUAGAAGAAUCAAAACUGAGAUAUAGAAUUUUAUUUGAAUUAUUAUUUAGAAAUUUAGUUGAUGAUGGUAAUGGACAUUUGAUUGUUGGUGAUCAUAGUGGGAGUUUAGGAAUGUUUGAACAGAUGAAAUUGAUGGAAGAAUGUGGAUUUGUUGAUGUUGAGUGUGUAUGGAGAGAAAGAGAUAUGUUUGUUAUUGGUGGAAGACGUCGAGGAAAAGACGAAAUGUCUUAG